AGGCCGAUCGAAUGUUAGGCAGUGGAGAGGUCAUCAGUAAACUUCAUAUGUCGUGGGAUGAGCUACUCAAUCAUGGAGAUGAACUUUUUGAUCUAUCCUUCCCACCUGUGCGCGGCGUCCACCCAUCCCUCACGCUGAAGGCUGCCGUUGUACAGGCUUGCGACGAUCAGGAUGGCACACUGUCUGAUGUGAGUGACGCUGGCUUUAGCUGCUAGCUUUUCUGAUGGAGGGCCAUCUGCAGUCCCUCGUAGACUGCGAGAUUACUCGACUCACAGAUGCAGGCCACGCGCAAUUUGCCGAAUACACUGCAAGCGGGACGGUCUCUCACCUGAACGCUGCUGUAGAGCACUUUCAGUUUGUUUUGGACCAGUGUCCGGCCAGCCAUCCUGACCAUGCAGCAGCUCUCACCAAUCUCGCGUCGGCCCGCCUUUUAGGCUACAUCCGAAAUCAUCUGCCAGACAUAGAUACCACCAUUUCCCUCUUCCGCGACGCCCUUGCAUUGCGUCCGCAGCACCAUCUCGAUCGUCCCUUCUCUCUCUAUAUUCUCUCCCGAGCGCUGAAUUGGCGCCACAGCAAGAAAUGUACUGCUGCCGACAUCCACGAAGCCGCCCAACUCUAUCAUGAGCUACUGCCUCUCUGUCCAGAGGGCACCUACCUUCGUAGCAUCGCGUCAGGGACUGGUGCCGAUUAUGUGAUCGGUGAUCUCGUGAACGUCUCAUUCGUAAGUCCCUACAUCAUAUCAUCAUGUUUGCCUUCUCACCACUCAUAG